GCGUCGUCCUGGACUUGAUCACUCCAGCUCCUCCCUCCGGCCCAUGGUUUUUGGCCACAGGGAUCGCACGAGUCUAGCUGCCUGUCUAUAUACGUACAUGCCUCCCUGGCCCUACUCUUUAUCCCUCUAGCUUAGCUACCCGCCUGCGCCACUUUUCUUGGUUUCGUUGGUGCGACGGAUUGUGGAAAAGGUUGAACUUUACCGCGCCAAAAGAUUGUAUUUUUCCGAUGCAGAUGAGCUCGGUUUCGAUGAAGGUGGAGGAGGGGAGCGCCGGCGCGGUGGCGUCCGCGCAAAAGAAUUUGGUUUCGAUGAAGGUGGAGGAGGGGAGCGCCGGCGCGGUGGCGGACCAGGCGGACGAGACCGCGACCUCGCCGGCGCCGGCGUGGACGCCGCUCCAGCUGCUGCUCGCGGCGUGCAGGGACGCAUUCGGGGGACCAGGCACCGCGCCGGCGCGCGCCGACGUCUCCCUCAUCAAAGGCAUCCUCGACAAGAUUCGACCAGAGGAUGUGCACCUGAGCGCCAAGCACAAGGUCUUCGAGGCCAACACGGACACUUCCGGCCGUCGAUGGCAUCCUAUUAUCACGCGGACCACUAUACACAAAUGCAGAAACUUCUCGAUUGUGAUCUUCUUCCUGCCCCCAGGUGGAGUCAUCCCUCUGCACAACCACCCGGGGAUGACCGUGUUCAGCAAGCUGCUCCUCGGGUCACUGCACGCCAAGUCAUACGACUGGGCCGGCCCUCCCGUCGCCGGCGGCUCGACCCCCGAUGAUCACCCACUGAGGCUGGCGAAGCUGGUGCUGGACGCCGACCUCCGCGCGCCGUGCGACGCCCUGGUGCUGUACCCGGAGUCUGGCGGGAACAUGCACCGGUUCGCGGCGGCCACGGCGUGCGCGGUCCUCGACGUCCUCGGCCCGCCGUACUCCGAGUCCGAGAACCGAGACUGCACCUACUACCAGGACUUCCCUUACUCCCACCACGAUCCAAGUGAGACCGGCGACGUACAUGUCACGGAUGAGCAGAAUGCCCGUCUGGGAUGGCUGAAAGAGACGGACAAGCCCAAGGAUUUGAAGAUGUACGAAGUGCCAUACAGAGGCCCUCCGAUCUUAUAGACGAACUGGCCUGCUGGUAGCAGAGAUGAGAGUACUCGUGUCUUCAUUAACAUUUCUGUAUCACAGAUAGAUAUUUCAGUUUGAUCGUAGUUGUUUGUUUGCAAGAGGAGCGUGUGCAAAUGUCUGGACCAA